UCGAUGAAUCUAGAAGUUUGUUCUAAGAAAACAUGGAAGUUUUCAAGAAUGUGAUAGAGGGAGAUGACAAGCUGAUCUCUUACAUCCCUGGAAUGGAGCUAAGAUCUCCACUCUUCAUGCACGAUGGAGAAUUCCAGAAAGUCAGGGAAGAGCAGUCAUUGCAUCUCUCCAAGAGGAUCACACGGGAUUCUUGGUUUCUGAUAAACUCUGUCCAUGACAUCGAGCUGCGAGUUUUUGAAGCGAUGAGGGAAGGAUUCGAGGCGAAUUUUGUGCCUGUUGGACCAUUGUUUCCUCUCAAGGGAGAAGCCAUCAAUUCAACUGGAUUGAAAGAGCAUCUCCUUCAUGACUGCUAAGCAAUUCGAGGAGAUCGCACUGGGAUUGGAGGCACCUUUCCUCUAAGUGAUAUGAUCAAACUCUGUUUUUGGUAAUGC